UUUUCAAAUUUAAAAGUACUUUUUUAUUUUGAAAGGACUAUUAAAAGGAUUAUUUUAGAAGAACUAUCAUUUUAAAAGGACUAUUUUCGAAGAACUAUCAUUUUGAAAGGAGUAUUAUUUUAAAAGGACUAUUAUUUUACAAGGACUUUAUCAAUAUUUAAAUCGACUUUUUCAUUCUGAAACGACUUUUUCAUUUCGAAAGGAUUUCCUCCCGAGAAGGAAUUUAUUUCAAAAGUAAAGAAUAUAUAUUGAAAGAGAAAAAAAGAUCAGAGAGAGAAGAAAUUAACGCGAACCCUUCAACAUAGUAGCUUAGUGUCAACGGCCUGUAACUGUUUGGUCAUCAUUGAAGCAAAGAAUAAAGGGAAUAUUUAUAGCCGCACAGACAGAUUGUAACGGUCAGACUGGUGUAAAGUGGUUCGCCUGCGGUUAGAAGUCAAAAUGAAUCGAGUGGCCUAGGAGAUGGCGAGUUUGCGCGCAUGUUUUAAUAGUUGGGGUGCCUUAAAUCUACCCAACGCUCGCUCUAGAAACCACUGGCUUGUCAAUAGUGGGGGGUAGCCGAACAAGUUCAGUGCAAAUAUCGAUUCAGUCUCGCGCAAACCACCCCCGAGCUCUAUUGUCGAGCCACGGUUUAUAACAAGAGUUUAUACCUCGACGCCGAGCCGCGCAACUCCCUUGUUUUUAUGAAUCUCGACGCUUCACACCUUCAUGUAAACACACAAGUAUCCUUUUUGAACACUUUGAAAUUUGACAUAGAAAAGAAAAAAAGAAAAAAUUUCAUAAAUCUACAAUUACUUGAACAUAAUCCAGACAAAAUAGAACUAAACUAUAUUGAUUCGCUCUGAAAAAAAGAGGUCAAAAUUCACUGUUAGUGCCAGUGCAACCGGUUAACAUUUUUCCAAAUUAUCCAUAAAAAAUUCUUCUAUUAAAAAUAAUUUUUUUCAGACUUGAUAAAUUUAUUUAUUUAUUUAUUCAAUCAAUAUUUAUAACGAAAAUUUGAAAUUGCAGAGGAAAGUUGUUUUCUAUUUUCGGAGUCAAAAAAAAAACAUUUGAGAGUGAAUUUUCAAUAUAGUUUAAAUCUGUAUUAUAAAUUAUAAAUUUCGGGUUGGAUAGAAAAAGGAAGAAAGGAAUAGAAAAGUGUGUUCAUCGAGGGAAAUCGAUGGGCGCCUAUCGCUGGGCGGAAUCUGGUUUCCUUGAAUAUGAACAUUCGUCAUCAGGAGUGAAGUCAAACGAAAAACGUCAAGAACCGCGGUGCUCGGUGUGAAUUAUGAGGAGUGUUUUCGAUUUCCUCGAGGUAAACGCUCAUGGCAACUCUUGACUGUAGAGUGAAGUAACACUCUCGGGGUGGGAAAAGAUAAGAAACGAGAGACAAAGGAGUUGAGAUGUCGUCGAUAUCUGCGCAAGGAGUCGUUGAAAGAGCCAGCGCUGAGCUGACGAAGAGGAUCAACGGCUUAGGACUUCGAGCAUCUAAACAUCAUGAGAUAAUGAUGACAAUUAAAACUUGAAAAUCGAAUAAAACUAUAGAGCAAAAGACAACAAAAGGUGAAAUUAUUUUCCUUUGGAAUUAACUCUUCGCUUUUAACACAAAAAAGAAUUCUCCGGCAGUUUAAAAGAAAGGUGGUGGAAAGACAAGUGUCAUGGAACGUGUAACGAAUGUAUUUUGUGGAGGAGGAGCCGUUGCUUAUACGAGUCUACAAAGUGCAAAUAAUGCGAAUACAACGCCAGAAAAACCCAGCAGAAGUGUUCCAAUACCUGUGAAUAGUACAAGUAAUAUGGGAAAUAAUAAAGCAUUAACAAACAAUCGAAUUGAAUCGGCUUCCAAUCGUAUGAGAAUAACGAGAAAUCGAGGAAAAAAUGUUCCACUUGCAGGAGGAGGCACUGGAGGGUAUACACCACCAUGCACAUGGGAACAACUUAUACAAGACGAUCAUUUUUUGAGUCGAUUUUUUCUAUAUUUCAAUGCAACUGAAAGAAGAAUUCUAGCACAGGUGUGCACUCGAUGGCGGGAUGUUUUGUACGCGAGACCAAGACUUUGGGCAGGAUUGGUACCAGUCGUAAGGUGUCGGGAAGCCCGGGCAAUGGCUUCAAGUUCGCGUGCUCGACUUUACGCAUCUUUAGUUAGAAGAGGCUUCCAUUCCCUUGUUUUAUUAGGAGCAUCGGACGAGGAUAUUCCAGAAUUAACGCACGGUUUUCCUUUAGCACAAAGACACGUUCAUUCGUUAUCAUUAAGAUGUUGUGCAGUCACCGACAGGGGUUUAGAAGCUCUUCUCGAUCAUUUACAGGCAUUGUUUGAAUUGGAACUGGCCGGAUGUAAUGAAAUAACAGAAGCCGGUCUCUGGGCUUGUUUAACGCCGAGGAUAGUUUCAUUAUCACUGUCUGAUUGCAUUAAUGUAGCUGAUGAAGCUGUCGGUGCUGUGGCACAACUUCUACCAAGCCUUUAUGAAUUUUCCCUUCAAGCUUAUCACGUAACAGACGCUGCACUCGGUUAUUUCAGCGCCAAGCAAAGCACCUCUUUAAAUAUUCUAAGGCUUCAAAGUUGCUGGGAACUUACUAAUCACGGUGUCGUUAAUAUCGUGCAUUCGUUGCCAAACUUGACUGUUCUGUCACUUUCGGGAUGUAGCAAGGUAACGGAUGAUGGAGUUGAAUUAAUAGCGGAAAACUUGCCAAGACUUCGUUCGCUAGAUUUGAGUUGGUGUUCGAGAAUUACUGACGCAGCUUUAGAGUACAUUGCCUGUGACUUAAAUCACUUGGAGGAACUCACACUGGACAGGUGCGUUCAUGUGACGGAUAUUGGCGUCGGAUAUAUUUCAACAAUGGGUUCUUUAAGUGCAUUGUUCUUGAGAUGGUGUUCUCAGCUUAGAGACUUUGGUCUUCAACAUUUGUGCGGAAUGCGAUCCCUUCAAGUUCUCUCUGUUGCUGGAUGUCCACUGUUAUCAAGUAGCGGUUUAUCAAGUCUAAUUCAAUUAAGGCAUCUCCACGAAUUAGAACUGACAAAUUGUCCCGGAACAUCAAGAGAACUUUUCGAUUACUUGCGAGAACAUUUGCCCCGUUGUUUGAUAAUCGAGUAAGUAACAUAUAAAUGAACCUGAACUGAAGAAAAGACUUUGACAUUGCGUUUAUUUAUUUAAAAAAAUCGUCUCUAAAAAGAGUCUUCGUUUGGAAAUUAAAAUAAAAAGAAAAGUACAAAAAGCUUCAAAACAAAUAUUAACUUUUAACAAUUAGAGAAAAUGACUUGCAGUGACCGAUUUAAAAAAAACAAACGUCCACACGAGAAAUCCAAUAAAAAAGAAACUAUUCAAUAUAAAAAUAAAUAAAUUUAGCUUUUGACAGUGUGAAACAACACGAUUUUAAACGUAGUUGAUAGUUAUUUUUCACGAACGUGCAAUUAUUAUAAUUUUUUAAUUCUAUCGUAUCUUAUUUCAAUUUAUUAUUAUUAUUAUUAUUAUAGAAUUUAUCUCGUGUGCUCCCAAAUAUUAAAAAUAACUAUUGGAAAUUCGUAAAAGAAAAUUCAAUGUAGUGAAUUUAUUUAAUAAAAAAAAUAAUUUAUUGAAUUCAGUUGAAUUCAACAUUUAAUUUAAUUUAAUUUAAUUGUUGAGAACUUAUGGUGAAAAUUUAAUCCAACUUAUUGGAAAAUCAUCAAUAGAAAAUAAUUAUUGUGCAGUGAUUACCACUAUUUAGAACUGUGAUAAAUCUAGUUUUUUUUUUCAUUUUUAUUCGAUUUUAUUUCUUGAAUAUUGUUUAUUAUUAGUUUAUUUAAUUUUUGUUGUAAACUGAUGCUCAUCCCUCCAUUAUGUCAUUUAAUCAUGCUAGUCAAGUAGCUUGUUUGUGAGGGGCAAUCUAGGAACAUAAUACCGAGAGAAAGAGAAAGAAGAAAAAAAAAGAAACACAUUCCAAAGCAUGUUAAAUAUAAUCUUGUAAAGCGGUCUUUGUUUUUACCGACAGUUUGAACUUCACGAUUGUUAAAUAGAUAAUAGAGUGAAUCUAACAAUAAAUAUUUUGUUGCCUGCGGUUUUCAUAUAUUUGUACAAAUUUUUGAAUGACGUUCUGUACCAAAUUUAUACAUAAUAUACAUAAAUAUAUAAUUAAGCUUAAUUUUAGAGGGAAAAAAAAUAAAUAAAUAGUCGCACUUAAGUACGGUAAAAAUAAGGACCGCGCAAAUAAUCCUAGAUGUUUUACAAAAUGGUCGAUCUGACAAUACACGACUUGUAUUCAAAAAAAAAAAAAAAGUGACUCAAGAUUGAUGUUUAUUAAUAAUUGCAUUUGUCAUUUUAGAUAUGUAAAUUCAUAAUCGUAUAUGGGAAUUCAAAAUUUACUUCACAUUUAAGUUGUUGAAUUUCAACCGGAAAUUAAAAAAUCCUUUUUUUAAAUAUCGCUUUAAUAAUUUUUCUUUUUUCGGAAAAGAGUUAUUCAAUAAAAAUAAAAUUUGAAUUCCCAUGAAAUUAAGGUAGUUUUGUUAUUCGACAGUCUAAAAAAAUAAGAAAUGAUUUUAAAGAAUAUUAAAUACAUAAACUUUAAAAUCUUUUUCUAUUUUCAAAAAGAAAAUUUUUUUAUUACAAACUACCUUACAUUUUUAUCUUCUUAGUGUUCUGUAAUCUUAAGGUACUCCCGUACUAAGUUUUUUCCACUAUAUCAUUCUAGGCGUUAGCAAAAAAAAAAAACACGCGAGAUUAUAAUAUCCGAUAAAUUAUUUUACGUGUGAAAGUUGUUGAUUUAAAAGAAAGAUAAAAAAAAUCAUAAAAUCGAUGAAUAUUUUAAAUAUUAAAAAAAAGAAGUAUUUUGUUGCAAAACGUUUUGUCAUAUAUUCUAAAAAGAGACUUGACAUUCAGAAUAAAUCGAUAAAAAAAAAGAAAAUGAGAGACUAUCGUCGUCAAAUUUCAUGGAGAGAAAAUCUUGACUUUGAUGUAUAGUCAAACGGUGUUCGGGCGCGUGAUUGCAAUUUUCGAGGGUUGACAAAAAAAAGAAAGGAAAAAAAAACAAUAUCCUUUGUAAAUAUUGUACAAAACAUUGCCGAACACUUUUCGUUUAAUGAUAUAAUAAUAAAAGAAAAAAACAAAGAGUAAAACAAAUGUUACGCCCGUGUACACAUCGUUUUCACUGUACGGGAUAUCAUGCCGCAUUGUGACUCAAUUUCGAAGAGUAAUUUAGUUUUAAGAGCGAGCAGAUAUAAGACAGAAAUACGUAAGAAAUAAAGAAGUGAUUAAUGA